AUGCUCAACGUUAGAAGGCUUAUUUUUUUUGCGCUGCUGUUUUUGCACGGCGCCGUAUCAGAAACGGGUGUCUUUCCUCGCCGAUGUCACAUUGAUUCCAAUCAUUUUUUGGCCAAGUCUAUUUCUCGCGGUGAGUGGAUUGGCAUCGAGUACGACAUCACAUAUCUUAAGGGAAUGUGUGAUACUGACGACAGAAAUGGAAUAUUUAGUGCCAGCAUUAACGGUCGAAACAAGUCCUUGAAGGCGCGAGAAGGGUUUAUUGCUUUUGAUAAUGUGGCAACAGUGCAUUUUAAUUUGACGUCUGGUAAGAAGGGAGUGCAGCUUUUUUCCUCUCAAAUAUGCUGGAGCUCCGCAAAUUGUACCGCUCUUUGCUCCUCUGAACCCCUUGGUAUCGUCUCCUCAUGUACUGUUGGUAAUAUUAUGGAUUCAUUAGCCAUAUUUCUUUUUUUUGUCGUGCCACUUUUUGUGUGCUCCUUUGCGCUGCUUGUCUGCUAUGCUCGAAUUAAAAUAUUGCGGCGACGGGGAAUGCAUGCGUUUAGGGAGCAACACCGACAGGAGGUCAUUUCGCCCGCUGCAGCGUUUGAAAAGAACAGAAAACCGAGAUAUGACAACUGUGCGGAUAUGAAUCCAGCAAACAGCGUGGAAACUGCAGUUUGUGAGGUGACGAUGGUGCAGGGCGAUGGCGAGACUACAACCCGCGAAUUCGGAGACAUGAAUGACUCUGCAAGGAGCAACAGCGUUAAGACGGAUAUUACAAAUGAGUGCGAACAUAAACCAUUUGAAGUUUUCUUUUUGAGGGAAAACAAGAAUAUCUGCGAAGAAGAAAAAUCGGGUGCCCUCCAACAAGAUAAUGCCAUACAAACAAUGGUUGUCAUCACAAGAGACAUCAAAAAAAUUGAUAAUCACGCCCUUCAGUACACACAUUUCCGGAGCACCGACAGCCCUUACAUCUGCCACGCCGGAGAGAAAACAAGCGUGAAUCGACACCAGCGGCUAUAA